CGUCAAGUCGUCUUUUCCUUUGUUGUUGUUGUUGGGUGGGGUGUGGUAGGCCCCACUUCCUUGCUAAUCAAAUAUUAAUGCCAUCCAAUUACAUUCUUUUAACUGUUAAUGCUACAGUACUCACACGUGUUUUAUCCUCCUCACACGUGUCUACCUUAGUACUACAAAUCCCACCUUAUCUCUCUUUUUUUCUUUACCUAUCUAUUAUACUCAGUGCGCCUCUUUCUUUACUCAACAACAAAUAAACCAAACAACCAAAAAAAAAAAAAAAAAAAAAAAAAAAGGAAAAAAAGAGGAACCCUAGUUGCUAGUAUUAUCAAUUACAUGGCUGAUGGAGGAGGUGGAGAGUGUUGUAUAGCGAGGUGGGGUGGUGGUGGCCACGUUGCGGCGAAUGGUAGUUACAAUAAAACGUCCAAGAUGGAUAUGAUAAUGCUCAAGUUUCGACCGAUUGCCCCGAAGCCAGUAUCUGGGACUACACCGGCUUCUGAAGGCGGAAGCGGAAGUAGUGGAAGUGGCCGUCAUGCGAAAGCAGGCGGCCGAGGAAGGAGGAAAACUGGUAGUAAUAACAAGGACUAUAGUAACAAUAGUAGUAGUAAUAAUAAUAGGUGCAACAACAAUAGUAGUAAUAAUAGGAGGAAGAGAAAGUCGAGCUCUCCAGAUCGAAAAAAUGAUCUUGAGAAUAUUAUUUCGUAUAAUUAUCAAGAUCAAAAAUCAGAUCUAACACUGCUUCCUCUGUUUCCUGAAGCACCUGAUCUUAGCCCUACAGGUGCACAACAUACCCUUCUGGCAUAACUUUGAUAAUAGUAAUAGUAAUAGUAAUAAUGAUAAUAUUUGUAACAAAAGCGGGAGUAGCCCGUCUUUUGAGGGUUAUUACAACAAUUGCCACGUUAGUUGGUGGUCUAACGUGGCGAGAUCUGAGAGCUCCAGCGAAUAAGGUCGUAGUAGAGUUUUCAAGAGAUCGACAAGUGGAGCAUCGAUCGAUCUCCAGGAGGUGGAUGGUGAGAUUUGCAUGGGGAUGGGACGUUAAAGCCCCGCCCUCGGCUUAUGUCGGUAAUUAUUAUUAUCAUCAUAUUAUAUAUUCAAAAUUGCCUAAGACCGUAUUAUUAUUAAUAUUAUUAGAGUUAUAUUAAGUAAAUAUUUUGAGUGAUGCCUAAGACCUACUAAUUGUAAAUAUUUUUGCAACAACUUUGUUUGGUUUUAGAUCUUUUUCAUCAAAUCUAGCUUUUAAUUUUUAUUUUAUGUAGUAGUAGUCAUAGAUCUCCCCUUCCCCUCACCCUUUUUGUAUGAAAUUUUUUGAAAUUUUAUCAUCCUUAUUUCUAUCAAUUAGAUCCAAAGAGUAAGACUAACUUACAAUAAUUGAUUGUGAGAUCGGAGUGACUUUUCUCUC